UUACAGUCGAUUUUAAACUGCCACCGCCAUUAAUAUUUGUCGGCACAGGACUCUGGUAAACAAGCGUCUUUUUAAUAGUGAAAAAAGAAAUUAAUUUGCUUUUUAAAAUAAAUUAAUUAAACUUAAACAAUAAAAAUCUAACAAAUAUGGAAAGUGAUAAUGAAAGUCUACCCGAGAGCAAUGUUUUUUAUUUUGAAAGUGAUCAUUUGGCUCUAAGAGGCAAUCGCGACUAUACAAAUAUGUUGCGCACCAUUGCAGUUUUAGAGGCUCAAAAAAUCCGAGUUCAACAGCACAUUGAAGAAUUGGCUUUGGCUAAAAAACGUUAUCUGGAAGACCCAGAACUGUUUCUUACAAAAAUUAAAAAUAAUGAAGAGAUAAUCAGUCCUAACUAUAUGACCAUUGCAAGUAUACCCGAAAUAUCUCAUUAUGAUGAUAUGCCACCUGAGGAAAUAAAAAUCAAAGAAGAAACUAACUUGAGCACCUCUACAGAACAGAAAACUGAUGUGCAAAUUAAUAGAGGCCGUGUAGUGGAUGAAACUAAACCGGAAACCUUUAAUCAACUGUGGACAGUGGAAGAGCAAAAACGUCUAGAAGAACUAUUAAUCAAAUAUCCCGAAGAACGUAUAGAAAUGCAUCGUUUUACUAAAAUAGCCAAAGCUUUAGGAAACCGUACUGCUCGACAAGUAUCCAGUCGUGUUCAAAAGUAUUUUCAAAAACUACACAGUGCUGGCAUGCCUAUACCAGGACGUAUACCCAAAAACCGGCGUGUGGGUCAUGCCAAAUCAAAACAUUAUUACCGUCCUUCCACAUUCUUCCCCUCACACAAUGUUCCUGUACACAUGUCAGAAGACGAUUUCUUUUUGCAGGAUUUACACAUGCCCUCUACAGAUACAAAUUCCAAUGAUUCCAAAGUACGUUCCACAUCUCUAGAUAAUAUUAGUGAUCUUAAGGCAGAACCCAUUAACACGGAUGUGCAGCAACAAAUUGUUAAAUUAUUGAAAAUCAUUAAACAAGAAAAACUUUCCACGCCGGAAGGGUACAAUCCUGAUCCCUUGGCUGCCAAAUGUGAAUCCUGUCAAUUAACUGCGGUCUCCCGCUUACGAUGGCGUUGCAAUACCUGUUAUUGUUCUUUAAAUUUGUGUGCCGAUUGUUUAGUUCAUCAGCUGGUGCAGCAAAAAUUUGAUCAUUUUUCGCAUGAUGUUGUGGCUGAAAGUGAAAUAUUAAUUAAAAGAAAUCAAGAAACAAAAUUUUAUACUAAAUAAUGUUCAAUUAAUAAUUUCUACAAUCAA